AUGGAUGGAUUGUCGUCUGCAGCUAGCGUGAUUGCGAUCAUUCAACUCGCGGGCAGUAUUGUGAAGUUCUGCGGGGGCUACAUUCAGGAGGUAAAGGAUGCUCGAGAUGAAAUUUUCGAGCUACAGCGGACUGUUACAGACCUUGCAGGAGUUCUCCAGGAACUGAAAGUACUCCUUCAAGGUCCUAAUGGCGCGAAGCUCUCCAGCUCUCACACCCUGAAUGAUCCUUUUACUAAAUGCCAUUUAACCCUCACAUCCUUGGAAGCGACGGUAGAUCCAGGUAAGGGUAAGAGAGUGAUGAAGAAAUUGGGGUUUCGAGCAUGGAAGUGGCCACUUGAUCGCAUAGAGGUGAAAGAAAUUAUCGAGGAUCUUGAAAGAUAUAAGUCGUCUUUCACCUUGUCCUUGGCGAUUGAUCAAACAGCCCUCCUCGCUGAUAUAAACCAAACCACCGACCGCCUACAUUGCAACAUGGACCUAAAGCAGUUGUCAGUUGCACACAAUGCUGUAUUCGACUCGAACGCGAACCAGUAUGAAGAUGAUUGUCUUCCAGGCACAAGAGGACACAUGCUCCGCCAAGUUGAGGAAUGGGCUACAUCGCCGCAAGGAAAAUGCAUUUUUUGGUUGAACGGUAGAGCUGGGACCGGAAAGUCGACUAUCGCACGAACGGUAACAAAGGCUUUCAGCAAAUCGAAUUUACUUGGUGCAAGCUUCUUCUUUAAAAGGGGUGAAGCGGACCGAGGUCAUGCGGCGAAGCUUUUUCCAACAAUUGCAAGACAGUUGGCGAGGAACAUUCCUCAACUGAUACCCGGUAUCCAAAAGGCAAUUCAUGACGACUCUGAAAUCUCAACAAAAGGAUUAAAGGAGCAAUUUGAUAAAUUACUCCUUAAGCCACUACUCAGCUUGAACGUAUCCAUCCUCCCAAUCCUAACUGCGGUGAUAGUGAUUGAUGCACUAGACGAGUGUGAAGUGGAAAACGACAUGACGCUUAUUCUUCAACUGCUUCCGCUUCUACAGAAAUCGAGCACUAUAUGUUUGCGGCUUUUUAUAACUAGUAGGCCUGAUCUACCAAUACGUCAGGGGUUUUCAAGGAUUGCGAACUAUAAUUAUGAAGUUCUGGUUCUCCAUGAGGUUCCUGACAGUGAGAUAAAGAGCGACAUAUCUUUAUUUUUACAGCACCGGCUUGCAGAGAUUAAGGCGGAGCGCUCUAUGCCUGUCGACUGGCCGACAAGUACCGAUUUUCAUAAUCUGGUGACUUUAUCGGUCCCAUUGUUCAUUUUCGCCGCUACUGCCUGCCGUUUAUUUCAGGACCCUCAUUGGGAUCCAGUGAACAGCCUGGCUGACAUCCUUGGAUAUCGAAAUGAGGGAUCUAAGCUAGAAGGGAUGUACGUGCCUAUCCUCAAUCGGCUUCUGCAGAAACAAAGUAAGAAGCAGGAAAAGCAGCUGGUUCAAGAGUUCCGAGAGGUAGUUGGAACAAUCAUGAUGCUCGAGACCCCACUCUCAGUCAACACACUUUCAAGGCUUAUUGGUCUCCCCGAGAGGCUGGUUUAUCUACGGCUGAGCCCAUUACAAUCGGUUUUGAGUGUACCAGAAGAUGAGGCAUUACCGGGGGCAAAGUCUCAUGAAAUAUUGGACUUUUUGCACGAUGCAAAGCGUUUUUUUCUGAAAAAUUGGCAAAUAGCUGAUGAGAUGCCUCUCCAGUUGUAUUGCGCUGGACUUGUGUUUGCACCAAAAAGUGCAAUAAUUCGGCAAAAUUUCGACAAAGCGCUCCCUAGUUGGAUCUGUAAGUUUCCAGACGUCGCAAAAACCUGGAGUGCAGAAUUGCAGACUCUCGAGGGCCAUAUGGGUGCGGUUUACACGGUGGCAUUUUCACUCGACAGUCGUCUGUUGGCUUCCGGCUCCUUGGAUAAGACAAUCAAACUAUGGGAUACUACCACUGGCUCUUUACAGCAGACUCUCGAGGGCCACUCAGACUCAUGCAGGUCAGUCGUUUUCUCGCCUGACGGCCGUCAGCUGGCAUCCGGGUCCUGUGAUAAGACAAUUAGACUGUGGGAUACCGCCACUGGUGCUUUAAGGCAGAUUUUCGAAGGACACUCGGAUGCAUGUAAGUCUGUGGCAUUCUCGCCUGAUGGCCGGCUCCUAGUAUCUGGAUCCGAGGAUAAAACAGUUAGGCUCUGGAAUUCAACCACAGCAGCCUUACAGAUGAGCCUUCAUGGUCAUCGUGGUGCGGUCUACUCGGUGAAAUUCUCGCCUGACGGCCAUCUUCUGGCGUCUGGCUCCGAGGAUGAGACAAUAAAGAUCUGGGAGCCUACUACAGGCGUCCUGCAGCAGACUCUAGAGGGUCAUUCAGGUUGGGUAUGUUCUCUGGCAUUCUCCACCAAUGGUCGUCUGUUGGCUUCCGGCUCCUGGGAUAAGACAAUCAAACUCUGGGAUACCACCACAGGAAUUAUACAGCAAGUCCUGAAUGGCCAAGAUGGGUUUCAGUCUGUGGCUUUUUCAUCCGACGACCGUACAUUGGUAUCUGGCUCCCUGGAUAAGAAAAUUCAGCUUUGGGAUACCACCACAGGCGGCUUGCAACGUACUCUAACGGGCGAUACAGUGGUGGUUCGUUCUGUGGCAUUCUCACCCGACAGCCAUCUCUUAGCAUCUGGUUCCCAAGAUGGGACAGUCAGGCUUUGGGAUACAGCCACGGAGACUCCACACGAGGCACUUCAAAGUCCUUCAGAUCGGAUUCGGUCUAUGACACUCUCCCCUGAUGGCCGUCUUCUGGCACUCGGCUCAGACGAUACGAUAGUCAGGCUUCGGGAUAUAUCCACAGAGACCACAAUACAAACUCUUCGGGGCCAUUUACAUUGGAUUUUGUCGGUGGUAUUCUCGCCAGAUGGCCGUCUUCUCGCAUCCUGCUCGAACGAGACAAUUAGGGUCUGGGAUGUAGCAACAGGCGAUCUACAUCAGACUCUCAAGAGCGAAUUAGGCGACUUUCGGAGCAUUGCGUUCUCUGCCGACGGCCGACUCCUGGCAUCUGGUUCCUGUGACAAGAUGGUCCGAAUUUGGGAUGUUGCAUCGGGCGGUCUGACACGGACUAUCGGGGGUCAUUCUGGUUGGGUGUGGGCUGUUGCCUUCUCCGCCAACGGUCAUAUAAUAGCGUCCGGCUCGGAUGAUAAGACAGUUCGGCUCUGGAAUGCUGCUACCGGAGCCCUACGGCAGACUCUUGAGGGUCAUUCAGGCUGGGUUCGGUCUGUUGCUUUCUCCGCCAACAGUUAUAUCCUCGCGUCCGGCUCAGAUGAUAAGACAAUCCGGCUCUGGGAUAUCGCCACAGGCGCCCUGCGUGAGACUGUGAAUGUUGAGGGAACAGUUGUUGAGCUACAAUUUUCAGAUGAUGGAACAUACCUGAUAACCAAUCUCGGAUGUAUCAGUGUCCAGUCUAGAUGUGUGGAUCACAUCUCCAAGCCGCUUCCCACAAAUGCCCAGAUAUUUAUACAGGGACUUCAGUGGAUAACACUCCGAGGCAUAAAGGCACUCUGGCUUCCUCCUGACUUUCGGCCCACCUGUUCGAUGGUCAAAGACAAAACGCUUGUCCUCGGACAUGAAUCAGGGCGGAUUUCAAUAAUAGAAUUCAAUUUAUAG